AGGGCCCCAGGGAGCGCGGGGCGCCGCUGCCGCUGCUCUUCGGCUCGGUUCUGUCUACUGGGCAGCGCCGGGCCGGCAGCUGGGGGGCGGAGGAGCAGGAGCCGGGAGCCGCGCUCUGCCGAGAGUUGGGCAGAGGAGCACCAGCGCCCCGCUCGGCAUCAUGGGCCCACUCCCCGGGCCUCAGCGGGCACCAGCCGCGGGAACCCCCGGGCCUCCUCGCGCCCGAGCCUGAGCGACCCCCGGGUUCUCCGGUGCCCCCUCCCUCGCCCUAUUUUUUUUUUUAAUUUUUUUCGGCUCUCGCUGCCGCUACCGCUUCGGGUCUCCGUUAUGGCAACAGAGCCACCAUCCCCCAUCCGGCUCGAGGCUCCGGGUCCCCCAGAAAUGCGGACCCCACUGGCAAUCGAGGCCACCCCUGACGGCGCCCCGCAGCCGGCUGGCGGCAGACUCCGCUUCCUCAACGGCUGCGUGCCCCUCUCGCAUCAGGUGGCUGGGCACAUGUACGGGAAGGACAAAGUGGGUAUACUGCAACAUCCAGAUGGCACAGUUUUGAAACAGUUACAACCACCUCCAAGGGGCCCAAGAGAGCUGGAAUUCUAUAAUAUGGUUUAUGCUGCUGACUGUACUGAUGGUGUUCUUCUAGAGCUACGAAAAUAUUUACCAAAAUAUUAUGGCAUCUGGUCACCUCCCACUGCACCAAAUGAUUUAUACCUAAAACUGGAAGAUGUGACCCAUAAAUUUAAUAAGCCCUGUAUAAUGGAUGUAAAGAUAGGGCAAAAAAGCUAUGAUCCUUUUGCCUCAUCUGAGAAGAUUCAGCAACAGGUCAGCAAGUACCCAUUAAUGGAAGAGAUUGGGUUCUUGGUGCUUGGCAUGAGGGUGUAUCAUAUUCAUUCCGAUAGCUAUGAGACACAAAACCAGCAUUAUGGAAGAAGCUUAACAAAAGAAACUAUAAAGGAUGGAGUCUCUAGAUUUUUUCAUAAUGGGUACUGCUUAAGAAAAGAUGCUGUUGCUGCCAGUAUUCAGAAGAUUGAGAAAAUUCUGCAGUGGUUUGAAAACCAGAAGCAGCUUAACUUUUACGCAAGUUCAUUACUGUUUGUUUAUGAAGGUUCAUCUCAGCCAACCACUACAAAACUGAAUGACAGAAUUUUGGCGGAAAAGUUUUUGUCCAAAGGACCACUGUCAGACACAGAAGUACUAGAGUACAAUAAUAACUUUCAUGUGUUAAGUUCCACAGUGAAUGGAAAAAUAGAGUCUUCAGUAGGCAAAAGCUUGUCCAAGAUGUAUGCUCGUCACAGGAAAAUGUAUAUAAAAAAGCAUCACAGUCAGACUUCAUUGAAAGUUGAAAAUCUGGACCAAGACAAUGGAUGGAAAAGCAUGUCACAGGAACAUUUAAAUGGAAAUGUACUUUCCCAACUGGAAAAAGUUUUCUACCAUCUUCCCACUGGUUGUCAAGAGAUUGCUGAAGUAGAAGUGCGAAUGAUAGAUUUUGCUCAUGUGUUCCCUAGCAACACAGUAGAUGAGGGAUACGUUUAUGGGCUAAAACAUUUAAUUUCUGUACUUCAAAGUAUUUUAGACAAUUGAAUACUUUGUUGCAGUUUUUUUUAAGGGGUGGGCCAAUCAUAAUGAAGAGCAGCAGUCAAUAUCUCUGCACCUGUAAUGCUAUGUAAAAAUUUGUAUUGUGAGUCAACAUUUUAUUUGUCUUUCUACUUUUGGAAGAAAGGUUAACUUUUUUAUAAUCUUACUCAGGAAAACUAAUUAUUUGUUUAUUAGAAAACUAUGAAGAAUAAAGAAACUUAGGAAUGUUAAGCAGGGAAUGUGGUGGUACAUGGCUUAAACAUCUUUUUGGCUCAAGUAAAAUGCAAACCAUUAUUCAGUCAUUAAGAGUUUAGUUAGUUUUCUGUAGCCAAUUCAUGAAAUCUCUGUCCACCCAACAUUGACAACGAGCCAUAUCUAAACUAUUAUAUUAUUAGAACACCUACCAAAAUCUCAAAAGCACAGGUUGAUGUCCUUAGUAUUGCUAUGUAUGAAGUUACUAAAACUGGAGAAAAUUCUACUCAGAAAUAAGUACUGUUUAGGUUUUAUAUUAAAAGUUCAGGCCAGCGUAUCAAAAGGUGCUUCUUGGUGAAAUGAUUUAGAAUUGUUGCAUUCCAAAAGCAGGUUUUCUCUUUGAUUUUUUACAUCUCUCUCUCUCUCUCCAAAUAUUAUACUUCAUGAAAAAGACGAUGUGGAUGACAACAACAAAAAUCUUGAAAUUAAGGACACAUUAAUUGUUCUUACUGGGGUUAGAAGAAGAGAGAUGUUAUUUUCAAGGAACAAAAAAAAAA